UCCAGUGUGCUGUAGUUUUGUUACCAUUGAUAAUUCUUUAGUUUUUUGUGAAUUUGCGUCGUUUUAGUGUGAUUUUUUGGCCUGACGCUAGUUGUAUUUAUUAUUUAGUGUGAAAGAACCAAGACAGCCAUCAAGAUGCCUCGAAUUAUGAUAAAGGGUGGCGUUUGGCGUAAUACCGAGGAUGAAAUUUUAAAAGCAGCUGUAAUGAAAUAUGGCAAAAACCAAUGGAGUCGUAUAGCAUCCCUUCUCCAUAGAAAGUCUGCCAAACAAUGCAAAGCACGUUGGUUCGAAUGGUUAGAUCCCAGUAUCAAAAAAACGGAAUGGAGCAAAGAAGAAGACGAGAAACUUUUGCACUUAGCCAAACUCAUGCCAACUCAAUGGCGUACUAUUGCUCCAAUCAUUGGCAGAACAGCUGCUCAGUGUUUGGAGAGGUACGAGUAUGUGUUGGACGAUGCACAAAGAAAAGAAGAGGGAGAUGAAAGUGUAGAUGAUCCCAGGAAACUGAAACCUGGGGAAAUUGAUCCUAAUCCUGAAACUAAGCCUGCACGCCCUGAUCCCAAAGACAUGGAUGAAGAUGAAUUAGAAAUGUUGUCAGAAGCCAGAGCUAGAUUAGCAAACACACAAGGCAAGAAAGCCAAGAGGAAAGCUCGUGAGAAGCAGUUAGAGGAAGCUAGGAGAUUGGCUGCUUUGCAGAAAAGAAGAGAAUUGAGAGCUGCUGGAAUUCAAGUUAAUCAAAAGAACAAGAAAAAACGAGGCAUUAAUUAUAACACAGAGAUCCCUUUUGAAAAGAAACCAGCUCAAGGAUUUUAUGAUACAUCUACGGAAGAGAUUGAUCCUAUGGCUUCUGACUUUUCAAAGUUAAGACAACAAAAUCAAUUGACUUGGAGAGAAAAGGAGGAAAUCGAGAGGAAAAAGGAUAAGCAAAAGUUAAAACAGAGAAAGGAAAAUGAUAUGCCUGCAAAUAUGAUGAAUAAUGAGCCUUUGAGGAAAAGGAGUAAACUUGUAUUGCCAGAACCACAAAUUUCUGAUAAAGAAUUGCAGCAAGUUGUUAAAUUAGGAAGAGCAUCUGAGACUGCCAGAGAAAUUGCUCUAGAAAGUGGAAACCAUUUGACUGACAGUUUAUUGGCAGAUUAUUCUCUUACCCCAAAUACAGCCAUAACUCCAAGAACUCCAGCUGUUGUCGACAGAGUUUUACAAGAAGCUCAAAAUGUAAUGGCAUUGACACAUGUAGAUACUCCUCUAAAAGGUGGUCUAAAUCCCGAACUAGUCAAUGUAGAUUUCAGUUCUGUAACACCUUUAGCAAAUGUAAUUGCUACACCAAAUACAGUCCUAGCUACCCCAUUUAGAUCUCAAAGAACUGAUGCCUCACCAGCUAAAUUCAGUACACCAGGUUCAGCCAGAGGUCAAAAUGCUGUAGUCGGGCAGACUCCUCUUCGUGAUAAGUUGAAUAUAAAUCCUGAAGAUGCUUUGGAAGGCUCAGAAACGCCGUUGAUUCAAAAACAGGCGAAAAAUGAGCUUAUUGCAAGUCUCAGUACUUUACCUGCACCGAAAAAUGAUUACGAAAUUGUCGUGCCAGAAGAAGCUUUGGAAGAAGAAACCGAAACAUCAACUGAUAUGAUAGUUGAAGAUCAAGCUGAUGUUGAAGCACGAGAACAGCAAGAGUUAAUUGAACAACAAAAACGUGAUUUAGCAAAACGUUCACAAGUGCUACAGAGAGGUCUUCCUCGACCAUUUGAAGUCAACCUAAACGUUUUAAGACCACCAAAUGAAGUGUCCUUAACAGAUUUACAAAAAGCAGAAGAAAUGAUUAAAAAGGAGAUGAUUACCAUGAUGUGCUAUGAUGCAAUAAAAAAUCCUGUACAGCCUGGUAAUAAACGUGCACAGUCUAUUCUCAAUCAAGCUUAUAAUUGGCUGGACCAUAAUCCUUAUGAGGAAUUUACUGAUGAAGAUUUAGAAGCUGCGAAAAGUGUGAUCAAAGAUGAAAUGGCUGCGGUUAAGGAAGGAAUGGCUCAUGGGGAAUUGAGUUUGGAGUCUUAUUCAAAAGUCUGGGAAGAAUGUUUAUCACAAGUGCUAUAUUUAGAGCCACAAAAACGAUUUACUAGGGCAACACUAGCUUCAAAAAAAGAUAGAAUUGAAGCAUCUGAAAGAAAAUUAGAGGAAAAUCGGGGACACAUGACUGUACAAGCUAAGAAAGCUGCUAAGUUGGAAAAGAAAUUAAAAAUAACAUUAGGAGGCUACCAAACUAGAGCUCAAGUAUUAAUAAAGCAAUAUACUGAUUUACAAGAUCAAAUAGACCAAUUACGUCUAGAACUGUCUACAUUCAAAUUCCUACAGAAGCAAGAAGACGCUGCUUUACCUCGGAGACUCGAAUCGUUGAUGGAAGAUGUGAACCGACAAAAGGAAAGAGAAAGAGCAUUACAGAUUCGUUACGCACAAUUGCAGGAACAAUUACAUGAGAGCAUGCAUCGCGGACGUGUGUCGUAUCAGCAGCAAGAAUAGAAUGAAAUUUUUUGUACAAAAUAAGUUAUUCUAUACAUUUUAUAUUUCUAAGGACUAAUUAUCAAGCAAAGUAAAUCUUACUCUCCAUAUGAGCUGUAAAUACAUAAGAUGAAUUAACGAUAUAGAUGAUACUUUUGGUUUAUCCA